AUGUUUUCAUUUUCGUCCACUAUCCUUGUUAUAAUCACACUUUUAUUGGCUAUUAAUAUCAUUCAGUUCCUACUAUGGCUUUUCCGGGGACCACUUCGCGAUGAACAAGCUGUACGAAAUAUAAGCAAACCUCCUUUUGUUGAUCAUCACCAUCAAGAACGUGUGACAAGCACCCACCAUAACCGAAAUGAAGCUACGGGAAGUGUUUAUACAACGAGCUCUUCUGUUUCUCCGAAUGAGAGCUACGCCAAUUUUCGAGCUAGAUUGUUGGCUGCUCGAGAAUCUACGAGACCCCAGUCAAAAAGAAAUAUGUCAUCAUCGACGCAAUGGAGAGAUGGCAAACAAGUGAUGGAAAAAAUUAAAGGAGCCAGAAUCAAGAUGAAGCAAAAGUUUCAGAAUGCUGCCGACAAGUAUUCCAAGAGAGCACGAAGUAUUGGAAGACGUAAUCUGUCUGCCGGUGAAAACUCUAUUCCAUCGACAGCGCCAAAUUAUGAUGAUGACGACCCGCCUCCACCCUACACUUUCACGUGUUGUAGUUGUCCCGAACAUGAAUUGAGACAACUUCUGUCGACCAUGAAUCAUGAAAAUGCCACACAACCCCAAAUUUCUGGCCAAGGAACAAUAGUUCAUCAAAAACCAGUAGUUGGACUGACCGUGAGCCUCUAUGCUACAGAAGCUACCGUUACUGAUGUUACUCAACCUCAAGCAAGUCAUGCAAGAGAAGAUGAUGUUGCGCCACCAAGCUAUUAUGAAUCAGUGGGGCAAUCUAGCUCUUCUUUUUUCGACCAACUUUGA